AUGAGUGGCCAGAUGAAGAGAGUUGGGUAUCCCAAGCCCCAGGUGUGCCUGAUGCUGGUGCUGUGCCUGUGCUCCUGGACACAGCAAAGUGUGGGCCAACUGUGCAGGGAUGGUGAGCAGAGAGUCAGCACCAAGGAUGGCAAGAAAUCCUGCCCCAAAUGCAGCUCAGUCGCAGGAAACAACAGCACAUGUCUUGACUCUGAGGACCACAAGUGCAAGUGCCUGCAGGGCUACAGCUGUGCUGAUCAACACUGUCUCUACUGCAAGAAGCUGCCAGAGUGUGCCGAGGGGGAGGAGCUGGUCAAGAUCGGUGAAAUAGAUUUCACAUUCAAGUGUAAACCCUGUGAGACAGGAACCUAUUCCAGUGUGAAGAAUGGCUGCUGUUGGAACUGGACUGAUUGUGAGAGUUUUGGGUUCAUAACAGUGAAGAAAGGCAACAGCACUCACAACUCAGUGUGCAGCUUCCCUGCUAGAGAGAGAGCUCCUGUGGCUCAGGACUCUGUGUACACCUCCAUCCUGGCCAUCCUCACAGCUGUGGCUGUGUUUGUGCUCAUCCUGCUCACCUUCCUCCUGCACUUCUGCAUCUGGGCCAUGAAGAAGGACAAACUCUACACAGCUGACGAUGUGGAACAUAACUUCCCUAGGCUGCCAGUGGCUCCACAACCCUCGGACCAAGGAGAGGAGACCUGCCCGUUUCCAGAAGAGGAACAUGGAGACAAAACAGCAGAAGGAACACUUUGCUAUAUUCUCUCUCAGAAUCUACAAUGA